CCAUGCAGCAGGUGUAAUCGCGCAUUUUGUGUACCUUGUCUCAAGGACAUGUUCCUCAACGCCUGUAAGGACCUAUCUCGCAUGCCGCCACGCUGCUGCAAUCAAAUACCGCUACACCACGCUCGCCCGUACUUAACAGCAGAAGAGAUAACGUUGUUCAAGGCCAAGUACGAGGAGUGGGGAACACCAAGUCCGUUCUACUGUCCGGUUGCACGAUGCUCCACUUUCAUACCUAACCGUAUGCUGCCGCAGGCCAACGAGAAUGGAAAAGGCAAACAGCGAGUGGACUCCGGAAUCGGGACGCCUACUAGGCCGACAGUAACGUGUCCGAAGUGCGAGGUCGACAUCUGCACAAACUGCAGGAGCCUAGCGCAUGCAAACGAAAUAUGCAGCCCCUUCAACUUUGGAGUGGACAAGCAGACGGCAGAUCUGCUGCAGAAGUGGGGAUAUAGGAAGUGUCCAAAAUGCGGGCAAGGAGUAAAGCGGAUGUACGGCUGCAACCACAUGGAAUGUCGGUGCGGAGCCCACUUCUGCUGGGGUUGCAUGCAGGGAAGGGACAACUGUUUAGGGAACUGCGAUGAUGAAGAUGAAGACGACUAUUCAGACUAUGAGCCUGACCAGGAAGAAUACGAUGAGCUCGAAGAUACUGUAAUAGAGACUUCACCCACCUCUGCACGAGUAAGGAACUUAGACGGAGGAUCGUCACGCUACUGGGAAGACCAGAACUACGACUUUGGCAACGAGCCUGGUGAUAACUAUGCAGACCGCUCAUGGGACUGCUACCACGACUUU